UCAAUUCCGGUCACAUAGCGUACACUGCCCCUACUGCUUCUGUUCACCGGCAAGACCGUGCAAUUCCAGCGCCAGACAUUGUUCGACCAAAACUUCAGUAUCUGUUGAGAUUGGGAGAGCACGUUGAGCUGCUCAAUACCGUCGUUUGAUGCUACAGCCCUCUCUUACAGCUGGCGUCAGGGCUGGAAGCAGGACAGCCGUGUUCCUGCAUCGUUUAUCGCGCCUACAUGCGUACGGAACGUAUUCCUGCAACGCAAGCGAUUGUUUGAGGAUCCAGGAACCAGGUCAGAUAUCCCACUCAAAGUGCAGGUACAUGGCUGUCGUUAUGGUGCGCACAGCAUGCUCACCUCUGCGGCUCAGUCACGUUGACAAAAUCCUUCUGCCAGCACAAAGCAGAUGCCUUUAUGGCGAGAAGAUGUGUUUAUUCCGAAAAUGGUUUAGAGCAGGCGAAAAGGCAAUACGACCACUCGGCCAGCCUCAUUCUGGCUUGGGGAGACCAGGCAUUACGAGUUUGAGAUUGAGCCUACCCUACAGGGGAGAGCUCUAUUACCCGUGUUCGCCAUGGCGCUUGUUGCACAUUGCUAACAACCUCACAGCCUUCAAGCCCACUUCCGCCGCCUUGCAGGCCUUUGGCAAGUCAAGCAUGGCUGUACCUCUGACCGACUUGUUCUCCGCUUCAUGUCAACUACCAUCAACAUGCGAAGAAACAGUAUGUCGAAUAUGCACGCUGUCAUCGCCGCUGAAGGAUUACUCGGGGUCCCUCACGUCCUCGUUGCCCCGUGGAUGCCCCACAACGCAUCAUCUCAACAUUCGUUGGCUUUCACUGUUGCUGCCUUUUCGGGACCCCGUCACGGUUGUUACUGCACUGGCCUAUCUUUGGUCGCCCUGAGAAGCCACAGACUUGAGUGUGUGGCUGUAAUUACAGGUCCCUCUGCUAAAAGGCGAGUAUAACUAUGGUGCCGCGACAUCAAUGAUCAGUAUCUACAAAUCAACCCUUCUACUUCAAGCAGAUACAUUCUACACAUUCCUCUCUACGUAUUCUCUAAAAGCAAUCUUCAACAACAAUGGCGGUCCUUUCGACAAUGCAACCUAUUCCCACU